AGUUGAGGCUCUGCUAGCUAAAAAUAAUUUUAUUUUCCUUGAACAUCUAUUCUUAGAAUGUCCCAUCUUCAUGUCUUCUAAAACCUGUGGGAUCUUUUUUAGGGAGCCGGAGAUGUCAGGGCUUAUUUUUGGGAUGGGGGCGGGUCUGGGCCGUUAGCAGAGCAAAGGCUGUGCCAGCACUUUGCCCCUGCUUUGCUGCCGCUCGGGGUGGUCUGCGGAGCUUUCUGCAGGCUCAGCUCUCAGCUGGGGACAGUUAAAGGCUUUGUGUCCCAGUUUGGGCAUUAAAUGGUGGAACAGCAGCGUUUUGGGGGAUGGUGAAUCCGUUGUUGAUUCUGUGCUGCAGAAAAGCCCGGUGAACUUUGAGUCAGGGGAAUGAGAGAGGAGGGAGAAGCUGUAGAUCCAGAGUGUGUUGGAAGUGUUCACUUGACCCUGCUCAGGGAAAAGCAAGGAUGAAGGGUGACUUUCUGAGGCUGUCAGUGUCAUGCAGAGGGAGUUCAGGUGAUGGCUUUGUGGUGGGAUGGUUCUCACCAGGCUGUUGUGACAGGACUGUAGCUUCAGAGAUGCUCUAACUUACAUGUUAACCCCUUUCUAAUGCUCCAACUUACAUGUUAACCCCUGAAAAGCAUCCAGGACCUUUGGAUUAUUAUCCCACUAAAAAGAACAGAAGCUGCCAGGCUGAGUUAAAGCUGCCUGGUUACUGCAGCAUCCUGUGUUUAAGUGGCAGCUGGUGUUGAAGCCCAGCAGCAGGCCCUGGAAUUGCUGGAGCACAUUCCCAUGCAGCUGCCUCAGCCUUGGGGAAGCUUCUCUUGCUUGUUCCUGGUUGCCUGUCUUGGGUUCCUGAGGCAUGUGGAUCAGCUGGCUUUGUGUUUAUCUGCUGGUGUAACUUAGAAUAGCCUCUUGUGUGUCUGUUGUUGUUUACUUUGCUUUCUGAUCCUGGUAGGAUUUGCCAUAAGUAACAUUUGUAACUUGUGAAGCACCAGUGGUGUGUUGUGAUAAGGCAUCAUCUCCAGUUCACCAGGGCCUUAUCCACAUUGCAAGGUGUCAAGAAAGAGCAGAUGUCUCUGCCUUCCUCAGGAUCCAGACUGGUUUGGGUUGGAAGGGACCUUAAAGCUCAUCUUGUUCCAACUCCCCAUCACCCUUCUGGCAGAGACACCUUCCACUGGACCAGCCCUGUCCAACCUGGCCUUCAACACUUCCAGGGACUGGGCAGCCACAGCUUCUCUGGGCAGCCCUUGCCAGAGCCUUACCACCCUUACAGGGAAGAUUUUCUGCCUAAUAUCCAAUCUAAAUCUCUCCUCUUUUAGUUUGAAGCCAUUCCCACUUGUCCUAUCACAACCUUUCUUUGUCCCUAUCCUGUCAUUGUUGCUCUCCCACACUGCUCCAUUCUCUCUUCCUCUGACCUUGAUUUCUCAUCUUGGAAUGCUGCAUUCUAUCUCCAACACCAUGGCCUGAAUGGCUGGAAGCUUAUUUGUCCAGGCAAAUUGUGCUGUUGGCACAAAAUUCCCAACUACAUUAAGGCAAAGACACUGAACACAUCUGUGAUGGAAUUGUGUCAGUAUUUUAAAGCUAAUUUGGAUUAGAGCGAGGUGUGAAGUUAUUCCAAAAUACCUAUUGCACUUGCUGUUGGAUCAGUCUUAUUCUGGGAUAGGAAUGCUUGUUCCAAUUUAGUGUAAUCCUUUUUCAAAGCUAACUAAUCUAAACCAUGCCAAGGCACUCUUCUGGAACGUGCCAAAGUGUAGUUACUCAAAAGAAGCCUGAUGUCCAGAGGAGCCCACUGCCUCUUCCUCCCUGUGCACACGGCUGUGCUGCUCUGGAGGCACGUUUAGGUCAGCGGGAGAGCAGACCCAGAAAGCAAAUAAAGGUUUUAAUUAAGUAGUCACUUUCUAGAAGGAAUUUGGGGUCUUUUUGCAGGAGAGAAGAUCAGAUCCUCCUUUCCUGCCUCGGCAGCUCUGCAGAGCAGGUGAAAGCUGAUCCUGCAGAACGGGGCGAGGGUUCCCCGGCUGGCUCGCUGCAGACACCCGUGUCGACACAGGAGGGCUGUGGCAGUGCAGACAGAGGACUCUUGGGGACAGUGUGACUGUGAAGAUGUCUAAGCCAGAAUCCCGUUAUUCUUUUGAUGUCCCAAACAUCUGCAUCGAUUUUGCAACUCUGAAUGAGGAUGAUGUGCACAAUGCAGACUCCUGGUUUGAUGAAAAAGCCAAUCUGGAGAAUGUGCCUCCUGCAGAAAAUCUGGCAAACGUCUCACACUGCAGCCCUGGUUCUUCAAAGCCUGAUGUUUUUCUGCCUUCUGUCCCUUCACAAGAAGUAGCAAUGAGUGAAAGCAAUGGUGAAGCAGAAUGUGCCCAGGGCAACACGGUCCCUCAGAAUAUCGUUGGGUCCCUGGCAACCUGGAGAGCUGCUGCCCCUGCAGAGGCCCCUCAGAGACCAGGCAGGAGACUUGCUACAAAGCAGGGGAAGACCCAGCAGCGCAAGCAGCCAGGCAGAAUCAAAGCAGAGAGAAUUGCUAAUGCCCUGGAUAAUAAGGAAGAUGUUCCACCCUUGAAGAAAAUGAGACUCCUUAGAGUACCAGAGAAAGCUGGAUGGUCUGUACCUGGGCCUGGGGUGAGUUCUGGUAGCAGAGAGAAGGCAACAGAAGUAUCCACAAAGAAAGAGCCCCUGCAGGAUCCUGACCUCUCUCCAGGGAGAGGGAAAAGCAAACAGACCAUGCCCUCCACGCCAACAAUGUUGAAGAGGACCAAACCUUCUAGCAAGCCAAAGAGUACAGAGGAGCAGGAGCUGGAAAAGAUGCAGCAGUUGCAGCAGGAGGUUAUGGAGCUGCGGAAGAAGAACGAGGAGUCUCUGAAAGCAGCUAUUGCUGGAGCAGGACAACCCAUAAAGAAACCUGUUGGUCAAGUAACAAAGCCAAUUAAUUUCCACUUCUGCACGGAGGAUAGGAUUAAACAGAAUGCAGAAAACCAGCCUGGGAAUGAGUACAAGGAGCUGGAUUUUGCAGCAGUCCUGAGGAAGCAUCCUCCUUCUCCGGUGCGAAUGCCAAAGGGACACACUGUCCCCAAACCUUUCAAUCUGUCCCAGGGAAACAAAAGAAAACUUGAAGAAGCCACAACAGAAUAUGUGUCCUUUGCUGAGCAGGUAGAAGCAUUCCAAAAACGCACACCCCCUCGUUACCAUUUGAGGAGCAGGAAAUCUGAGGAAGGCUCAGUUUCAAGAAAGCCGAUGAAGGCUCGGCCCACAAACCCCAAAACACCAGUGCUGAGAACAAAGCAGCGCUUGAGACCUGUCACCUGCAAAACUGCUGCAGAGUUAGAAGCAGAGGAAGUAGAGAAAAUUCAACAGUACAAAUUCAAAGCACGAGAAGUCAAUCACAAAAUCUUUGAGGGUGGGCCACUCCUGCCCAAGAAACCCCCUCUGAAGAAGCUCACUCAACCCAUCGGCUUUCAGCUGGAAAUAGAAAAAAGGAUUCAGGAGCGUGAGAGUAAGAAGCAGCAGGAGGAAGAGCGCUUCGAAUUCCAUUCCAGGCCAUGUCCCACAAAAAUCCUGGAGGAUGUUGUGGGUGUUCCAGAGAAGAAAGCACUUCCUGUUACAGUCCCCAAGUCUCCAGCCUUCACCUUGAGAAGCAGGACCCGUGUGUCUGGCAGAGAGGAGGAAAAGGAAAAAGAGGAUGUGGCUGUGAUCAAAGCUAAUCCUAUGCCACAUUAUGGAGUGCCCUUCAAACCCAAAAUGCCAGAGCAGAGGCACGUGGAAGUUUGCCCCUUCUCUUUCGAUGCCCGGGACAGAGAGCGACAAAUACAAAAAGAGAAAAAAAUAGAAGAACUACAGAAGGAAGAGGUGCCAAAGUUCAAAGCGCUGCCUCUGCCUUACUUUGACGAAGUUAAACUGCCAGAGAAGAAGGUCAAAACCCCAACUCAGCCUGAACCAUUCCAUCUGCAGGUGGAUGAACGGGGAGCUGCCAAGCUCCAGAGCUGGAAACAGCAGCUUGAAGAAGACUUGAAAAGGCAGAAAGAGGCAGCAUGUUUUAAAGCUCGCCCCAACACAGUGAUGUACCAGGAGCCUUUUGUGCCCAAAAAGGAACAUAGGAUACUCUCAGAGAGCCUUUCUGGUUCUGUAGUUCCUGAAAGCUUUGAGCUGGCAACAGAAAGAAGAGCAAAAGAACGGCAAGAAUUUGAAAAGCGAUUGGCAGACGCAGAAGCCUUAAGGGAGAGGUAUGAGGAGAAGAUCAGGCAGGAACAAGAGGAGCGUGAAAAGGAAGAAGUUGCUAAGCUAAGACAAGAAAUGGUUCACAAGGCAAACCCAAUACGCAAAUACCGCAGCCUAGAGGUGAAGUCCAGUCACCAACCACUGACUGUGCCAAAGUCUCCCAACUUCUCAGACAGAUUCCGAUGCUGAUGAGCAUCCACGUGACAACUGCUGGGAGAUCCCAUCCCUCUCCAUUCCCUUGGCAGGAGAGAGGGAGCAAUUGUUUUUCCAUGACUGCUCAGUUUGAACUCCUAUGCUUGGUUUCAUUGUUGUACUGAGUAGUUAAACUCCACCUGAGCCCGUGGCAUUUCAGCAGUGCCUCCUGGCCUUGCUGUGUAUCCAGACCCCAUCUUCUCUAGAGACUAAACCAAGUUUUGAUCUUGCAUACAGAUAUUGUGUACCUAACUAAAUAAAAAUUCCUAAUCUGCUCGCUGUCUCUGGCUAGUGGGCUGAAGCCCUUUCCUGCAGAAGAGUUUUUGAUAAAGACUGGCCACACAGAUGUGUGCAUCUGGCAGAGCUGUCUUGUGUUUUUACACUAAGUGCUAUUUUCAAGUGUCUAUUUUUUAGCAUUUUAGUCUACAUUUAGCUUGAAUUGUGUUAAGUGAGGUUCCUUCAAGCCAGUGUAGCGCGGGUCUGGCCUUCUUUGUUGAUGUUUAGAUGACCACAAAUAUAAAUCUUGCCCACGCUUAAAAGUAGUUCUUUGUGUAUAUUAGAGUAUUAAACCAUCUUGAUGUUUUAUACCUGAAGUCCUGUUUGGGGAACCAUUUAUCUGGCAAGUGGCUUGCUGUGAGCUGCUGCCCCAGCUGCUGCCAGUGCAGGUCUCUUGGCUACAGAGCCAUCAGCAUCUCUGGCUAGUUUGGGCAGCAAGCAGAGCUAAACAUAGCUCGAGUGCUCAAAUGUGCUGGAGGACAAAACUGCUGGCAUUAUGAAGAGUGGACACAUCUAGAUUAAAGUUUUAACAAUUAUUUCUUA